CUCUCCUUCCCACUCUUCCGUAUUUGUUGCGUCCCUCUUAUUUCUCAGCGCCUUUGAAAGGAACGUUUCGUCGCCCUUUAUCUCUCUCAUCUCUUUUCUCAAAAUCUAUCGCCGCAGAAAAAACCCAGAAGCCCAGAAGAAGAAGAAGAAGAAUCAAAGCCGCAAGCUUUCAGAUCAGAUUUGCAUCCAAUCAAUCAUGGCGACUCCCGGCGUUCUCAACAGAGAAGACGGCUUUUUCCUCAACUCUCCAAUCCUCGAACCUCUAAAUGGAGAGAGUGUCAAAUCCCGUGGAAUGUCGAUUGAGAAGAAGAUUGAGCAGCUUGAGAGCAUGGCUGGAACGGUUAGCAACCGACGGUCUCGAAGAUGGGUAAAUGAUCGGAUUUUGUUGGAACUUGUUCCUCGUCUAAAUGCAGAAGAAAUCAGAGGCUUGUUUGCUCCACCACCUUGGGGUGAUGAUGUACCGCUGUCAGCAUUUUGCAUGACUAAUGUGCGAGAGUGGGAUACAUUUAGGAAUAUAGACAUGGAUAAGCAGGCUAAUGUGAUUGAUUCCAUGAAGGGCCCAAGUGCAAAGAAGAAGAGUCCUGUUGAUGCUGAUAAAACGGCCGUCUUGAAUGCAUGGCGUAGGGUUGAUUGUCGAACAAGAGAGGCACUUCGCCGUGGCGUCUUUGCAGAACUUGUUGAGUUCUAUGAGGAGCGUGUACGGGCUUUUGUUACGGAGACUGAAGAUGGAGAUGGAGAUGUUCUCAUCCUGCAGGUCCAAGAUCCUCUCCGUCGAUUGUUGCUCCAUGGUGUUUGUGAGGUGGACGCGUUCACAGACUCGGCUUUCAAAGGGAACCCAGCAGCGGUUUGCUUGCUGGAGGAAGAAAGAGACGACCAGUGGUUACAAGCCGUGGCCGCCGAGUUCAACCUCUCCGAGACAUGUUACUUGACUCGGCUCACUGAGUCUGACUCAACCCCUCGGUUCGGUGUCAGAUGGUUCACUCCUUCCAAUGAGGUUGAGCUUUGUGGUCAUGCAACAUUAGCAGCUGCAUACACUCUCUUUAACUCUGGUUUGGUAAAGUCCGACAUUGUUGAGUUUGCCACAUUAUCGGGAAUCCUAAAAGCUAAAAAGGUUCCAGAUGCUAAGACAGCCAGGUUGAAUACUCACAAUGGGGAAGCACAAGAGUCCUAUUUUGUUGAACUGAAUUUUCCUGCCGACCCGUCUAAUGAAUUCAACUCUGGUGAUGUUUCGGUAAUCUCUAAGGCCUUAGAUGGUGCUUCUAUGGUUGAAAUAAGGAGGACAACUGUCACAGAUGAUUUACUUGUUGUGCUUCCAUCAGCAAAAGCUGUCACAGAUUUACAGCCGCAGUUUGAUGCAAUUCGACAAUGUCCAGGGUCUAGCGGAGUGAUCAUUACGGGGAUUGCUCCUCCGGAAUCAGGAUAUGAUUUUUACAGUAGAUACUUUUGUCCCAAACAUGGGAUUGAUGAGGAUCCCGUUACUGGGAGCGCACAUUGUGCCCUUGCAUCAUACUGGUGCAAAAAACUUGGAAAGUCUGAUGUUUUUGCUUAUCAGGCAUCACCUCGAGGGGGAGCAAUAAACGUUCAUCUAGAUGAGCAAAAUCAAAGGGCACUGCUGCGAGGAAAAGCUGUUAUGGUGAUGGAAGGAACUGUUUUAGCUUGAAGUUGGAGUUAUUUUUACCUUGAAGUAUAAACAUUUGAAAUAAAUGACUCAAUUUUAUGGGGAAAGAACCAUUAUAUUUGAAUUAAAUAAAUUUGAGCAAAUUAGUUAGGUGUGCCUUUAUUUUUCAUUUCAAAAUUUGUAUCCCGAGUUCUUCA